GCGUUCGUGUAGGAAGUCGUCGCUAUGCCCAAGUCCAGGAGACAACGUACAAAGCCGCUGACGCAGGCCAACAAGAAGGGCAACGAGCUCAAGCAGAACGUGGUGGACGUUAUCCGCAAUGCGGUGGAUACGUAUGAUUCAGCCUACGUUUUCAGUUUCCAGAACAUGCGUACGAACCACUUUAAAGAGGUGCGCAUGGACUUCAAGGACAGCCGCUUCUUCCUGGGCAAGAACAAGGUCAUGAAGCUCGCACUGGGACGCUCAAAGGAAGAGGAAUAUGCCGAGAACCUCUACCGCCUCUCCAAAGACGUCAGCGGUAACACGGGUCUGCUGUUCACCAGUAAACCGCACGAUGAGGUCGUGGACUACUUCGCCAAGCUCUCGGUCAGUGACCACCCGCGGUCGGGCUUUGUUGCCACUGAGACGGUCACAAUCCCCGAGGGUCCGCUGCCACAGUUUAUUGGUAGCAUGCUCGAGUCGCUUCGCGGUCUGGGACUGCCUAUUGACCUCAAGAACGGUGUCGUUGUGCUCAACCAGAACUACACGAUUUGCAAGACUGGGCAGACACUGACCCCCGAACAGGCUAAGCUGCUAGUGCACUUCGACCGAAAGAUGGCUGAGUUCAAGCUUGUGGUGUUGAGCGUCUGGUCCAAGGACAAGUACCAGCGGCUUGCAGCUGAGGACGCUGCCACCACUGGUGACGACGACACCGAAGAUGAGGAUAUGUAA